AUGUUAUGCAUACAACGUGAAAGUUCAGCUCCAACUUUGCCUAUUCUUCAUCCAUUUUAUGUUGGAAAUGAAGAUAAUCAUAUGAUUAUAGAUGAUGUACACAAUUCAACUAAUUUUCCAAUAAAUCAAAAGAAACAUAUCAGUAUAUCAUCUGAAGAAGAACCAGUGAAAUUUAUUCAACUUGAUGAUUAUUGUAAACAAAAGCCUUUAUUACAUUCUCAACCAAUUAUUACAGAAUUUCAUUUACAAUCAUUAUAUGAUAAAGAGAGAACUUUUUCCCCAAAUAUUAUACCAUAUCAUCAAUCAUUUUUAACUAAUAAUCUCGAUUGUCAAAUUAAUCAAUCAUCGAGAAUAGAAGAUAUUCCAGUUGAAAAUUUUACAUUACAUAAUGAAAAAAUUGAAAACAUUCCAUGUUGUAAUAUUACAGAUAAGGCGGAACCAUAUGAAAUAAAUGAAGAUUUUCUACGAGAACCAAUUCCAAAUGGUGGUUGGGGUUGGCUUGUUGCAUUGGGAAGCUUUCUAUGCAUUUUUACUGUAGACGGUGUCUGCUUUUCCUAUGGUCUACACAUUAAUGAAAUGAUUCGAGAAGGUCAAUUCAAUAUUGAUUCCUCUGA